AAUCCCUCCCUCCACUCUCCACUUCAACCAGAAAUUUAAGCACUCUGUGAAAUUCUGCCGCAGCAAGCACUUUCAAGAUCAAGAGCGGUGACCCAAGACGCAGUUUCCAAAUUUUUCAGAGAGCCAACACAGAUCCCGAUAUGGAUUCUGGUUCUCUGAAGAGGAAGAGACCUCCCAUGAUCGAGAUUCCUAAUGUCCUCCGUGAAAUCAGUGCGCCCGAGGAGCCGAGAGCUUGUGCCACCGCCGCCCAGGACGACGCCGUGUGGUUCAGUGCUAAGGGGGUGGGCGUUUUCUCCCUCAAAGGCCGCAAGAAGUUCAUGGAGGAUACCCACAAGAUUGUUUGUUGCCCGCAUGCCAAAAAGGGAUUUUUUGGAGUGUAUGAUGGGCAUGGAGGGAGCAAAGCUGCUGAAUUUGUAGCAGAGAAUUUGCAUUCUAAUAUUCUGGACAUGCUGAAGAAUUCACCUGGCAGUUCAGCCAAAGAAGAUGCCAUUAUGGCUGGGUAUUUGAAAACUGACUCUGAAUUCUUGAAAAAGGGAAUAUGCAGUGGUGCCUGCUGCGUCACUGCUUUGGUUGAAGGAGAGGAGAUCAUAGUUUCCAAUUUAGGGGACUGCAGAGCAGUUCUUUGUAGAAGCGGAGUAGCUGAAGUCCUUACGAGAGAUCAUAGAGCUGGACAAGAGGAUGAGCGGAGAAGGAUCGAGGAUAAGGGAGGCUACGUUGAGAUUCACCGAGGAGCUUGGAGAGUUCAUGGUGUACUCUCGGUUUCCAGAAGCAUUGGAGAUGCUCAUUUGAAGGACUGGGUAGUGGCCGAGCCUGACACAAAGAGAAUGUGCCUUACUGCAGAUAUGCAAUAUCUUGUUUUAGCUUCAGAUGGACUUUGGGACAAGGUUGAGAACCAGGAAGCCAUAGAUAUGGUGAUGCAAUCAUGUCAACCGGGACCAAAAGAUGAUGAUUUAAAAGAAAACGUGUUUGAAUUUGAUUGUAUAAGCACCAGUCCCUCUUCAAAGCUAAAGAGAAUUUCUCUAGUGAAGUCAAACAAAGGAAACGAAAGCGAUUUUGGCACUGAAAAUGGAAGUCCUGCACAAAAGUCUCUGAGGAUUUCAUUGGCCAAGUCUAGUAGAGUAGGAGGCUACUCUCCAUGCUCUAACAGAAGUUCUGAUAACUGGAAAGAAACAGAUGAUGAAUUCAGCAGAGAAACCGAAACUCCAUUGAAGGCUCGACGAAUUUCACUGGCACAUUCAAGUAUAAGGGCAGGCUGCUCUCCAUGCUCGACUAAAAGUGGUGAUGCCUGGAAAGAAACAGACGAUGAAUUCAGCAGAGAAAACGAAAGCCCAUUGAAGGCUCGACGAAUUUCGCUGGCCAAUUCGAGUAUAAGGGCAGGCUGCUCUCCACGUUGUAAGAGAAGUGUUGUUGAUAGCUGGAAAGAAAAUGAAGAAAAGAGUGCACUUGUGGAUGCCUGUAAGAAACUUGCAAGCCUUGCUGUGACAAAGGGUAGUUUGGAUGAUGUAACUGUGAUGAUCAUUGAUCUUGCUCAUUUCAAAAACUUGCCAUGAAUUUUUCAGAUAGUUUUGUUUGCUUCUGCAUAUAUAUAUAUAUAUAAUUCUUUCUUCCUACA